AUGUCUCAUAAUUUACGUAAAAGAACACAUUCAUUAAUUAUUAAUUCGUCACCUAACACUACAGAUUCAACUCCUCAUAAAAAACUCAAAAAAUCAUCUAACUUUAAUUUACGAAAUAAAGGAAAUAUAGGGCGUCCUAAACAAAAAGACACAUUCUUAGAUUCUUCGAAUGUAUUUGUUGUUAUUGAACACAAAAAUAUCGAUUAUCUUGUUAAAAAUAUUUCAUCCAAGGAUGAUCAUUUGGAUGAAGUGAAUGGGGAUAAAGAUGACAAAAUCGAACCGUUGUUGUUGCCUACCGUCGUUUGGGUUAAUGAUGAGGAGAGAGGAUGGUGGCCUUCGGAGAUAAUUAGUAAAGAUAAAUCUGAAAUACCUUUGUUAGUCAGGUUAUUUGGACUAAACUCACCAUGUAAUUUAGAGUUGCAUACUAUUUCCAAGUCAACCAUCCUUCCUUUUCAUAAUAAACUUUAUAUGCAACUUCGUAAAACCGGCGAGAAUUCAAAUAUGAAAGGAUUAUUUACGAAAGCAUUGGCCGAAGCUAUAGCAAAAGAAACUGAGGAUAAUGAUGGGUUGCCUAGCGAAGAUUGGGCAAUUCAAAUGGUUGUUGAAAAUUCCUCUCCUAAUAAAAAGAAAAGGAUUGGAAAGAGCUUGUCGAAUGAACAACUUGCAAAAGAAAUAAAUAAUUCUUCCAUAUUCGGGAAAGAAAGUCCGAGCUGGGAGAAAUCUAUCAGCAGCGAUUUCGAGAUCGGAAAAGAUGGAAAUUUACAAAUUCCAGGAGAGUAUGUAUUGGCAAAGUACCAAAAAAAAUUUUAUCCAGCUACAAUUAUAGGUUUCGAUAAGCCAGAUAAAUAUAAAGUUCGUUUUUUUGAUAAUGUGAGCCACAAUUUAAAAAGGAAGGAAUUCUUUACCAAAUAUGAAGAUGGAUUUAAAACUUGUGAAUUGGGUUGCUUUGAAAUGGAUUAUGAGGAUCCAACUUAUGAAGAACCUGAGCUGGUAAAAACAAUUCAAUCACUUGAACCGAUAUUAAGUCAAAUUUUGCGAGGCAAGGAAAACUCAUCAUGGAGAUUUCAACAUUUUUAUAUGGGUGGUAAAAAGCGGAACUUAUUAGCAUCAAAAGUUUCACCGGGUCCGUUUACUUUGAGUCAAUUUGGGUUAAUUGCAAAAGUUUUGAGGGGAAUGUUCAUUCCAGAGAUAGCAGAAUCUAUUGAUAAGAAAAGUAAGAUUUUGUCACCGAAGAAACUUACUAACAAACGUGUUGUUAAUGAUGAAACUAUCACAAUUCAACAUGAAGAAUCGUUAUUUAAUUCUGAACUUUCGAAUGAUAUGAAAUUACGAUUUGUGAACGAUGUUUUAUUACCUGAAACCAUAAUAAGAUUAAUUAUGAUUGAUGAGAAAAUAGGAUAUAAGGAAGCUGAUUGUAAAAUGUUGGAUGGAUAUAAUGAACUCAGAUGGGUUGAAAAUCUUAUUGCCGAACGCACCAGUUUUCAAGUUGGUAGGGAAAGUCUUAGAGAGAAAGCUUAA